AUGGAUUUAAAAAAAUUAGUUUUAAAACCAAAAACAUUAGCAUUAUUAGGUGCUAGUAGUACAGUUACAUAUUUAUUAUAUAAAUUUUUUACCCAACCAUCAGUAUCAAAAGAUGAAGGUGACAAGUUUCAAUUUAACGCAAUUGACCCAUCAUUAGUUAAACAAAUUAAAAAAGAAGUUAAAGAAAGAUUUAUUAAACCAAAUGGUGAAGUCGUACCAAUUUUAAUUUUUUAUGGAACAGAGUAUGGUUUAUCAGCUGAAGUUGCAAAGAAAUUAGAAGAACAAAUCAAUAAAUUAGGAGACGGUCAAUUUUGGGCACGUAUUGUCGAUAUGGAAGAAUACGAAUUAAUUGAAUUUGAAAAAGAACAAUUGGUACUCAUUAUUACAUCAACCUAUGGUGAUGGUGUUCCACCAACUACUGCUCGUCCAUUCUUUGAUUAUUUAGCUGCAAAUCAAUUAAAUUUAUCACACAUUCAAUUUUGCGUUUUAGCUUUAGGUGAUCGUUCAUACCCACACUAUUGCGCUGCUGGUAAACAAAUGGAUAAAGAUUUCGAACGUUGUCAAUCAAAGAGAAUUAAAGAUCGUGUUGAAGUUGAUCAAGAAGAUUGGACUAUUUUCGAUCGUUGGAUCGAUUCAGUUUGUGGUAUGGUUCCACAAUUAAGUGGUCUCGAAAAGCGUAAUGACGAUUACCUCUAUGAAAAAGCUAAGAUCUUUGCUCUUACUCAAGGUAAACACAACAAAAAGAAACCAUACUACAGUAAACUCCUUGUUAAACGUGUUCUCACCAAGGGUGAUAAAGUAGGCAUCCAUUUAGAGUUUGAAUUGGGUGACUCUGAAUUAAAAUAUAUCCCAGGUGACGCUUUAGCCAUUCUUCCAGAUAAUCCAGCAUCAGAAGUUUCUGCUAUCAUUUCAUUAUUAAAACUUUCAGCCUCUACCAAAGUCUCAACCCCAGGAUGGCACUAUCAAGAAACUGAUCAACCAAAUCCAUCUCAAAUCACCCUUUCACAUAUUUUAACUAAAUGUUACGAUAUUCACAAUUUAAAACCAGAACUUUUACAACUUUUACGUGAUAGUGCUAAAGAUGCAUCACAAAAAGAAAAAUUAACUGCUUUACUCGAAAAAGGUACCGGUAAAAUCAAUCAAGUUUUAGUCGAAUUUUUAGAAAAUCAUCAUUUAGUUGACGUAUUAAAAAUGUUCUCUUCAGCCAGACCACCAAUCGACGAUAUUUUAGCUCAACUCGCUAAACUUUUACCACGUUAUUACUCUAUUGCCUCAUCAAUGAAAUCAAAUGAAAAGACCGUUUCAUUAUGUGUUGCCGUCGUUAAAUAUGACCUCCAUGGUAGCGAACGUGUUGGUAUCGCCUCAACUCAUAUGGCCGAUCGUAUGAAUGUUGGUGACCGUGUUUCCAUUUUCGUUAAUAAUAACCCAGAUUUCCGUUUACCAGCCGAUGGUAAUACUCCAGUUCUCAUGAUUGGUCCAGGUACUGGUAUUGCUCCAUUCAUCUCAUUCAUUGAAGAAAGAAAAGCUCUUGGUCACACUGGUGAAAAUCACUUAUUCUUUGGUUGUCGUCGUUCCGAUGAAGAUUUCCUCUACAAAGAAGAAUUAGAAAAAUAUAACUCUGAUGGUUUCAUUAAACUUUACACUGCAUUCUCACGUGAAACCUCUCAAAAAGUUUAUGUACAAAAUCGUCUUUUAGAAAACAGCCAACAAAUUAUCGAUCUCAUCAAUAACAAUGGUAAUAUUUAUAUUUGUGGUGAUGCCAAAUCAAUGGCUCCACAAGUACAUGAAACUCUCUCAUUAAUCAUCUGUAAACAUAUGUCAAUUGAUGAAGCUGAUGCUCAAGCAAUGCUCCACAAUAUGGAAGUUAAUCAUCGUUAUCAAAAAGAUGUUUGGUUCUAA